AAAUCCUUCAGAGAGACACAUUUGCUUCCUGUAUGUUUAUUUUUUUAUUUUUAGCUGUAAUGUUUUUUCUGUCUCCUGUCAGAAGGUCUCUGAUGAGCAGAAUUAGGAAGGAACGGCGAGAGGAAGCACACACCAGUAAGUAAGGAAGGCAAGAGACACGUCUGUGUCUACAGCAUGCCUGCGUGCACGCUGCAGAAUAAUUAAGACACCUCAAGUUCUGGAUUAUCUGUCUGGCGGCGCGCUGACCGCCUCAGACCUGGAGGCCGCCCAACCUACUCUUUAUCUUCCCUUUCAUACUAAGAGAAGAAGGACCGACUCCUGUUUGCCUCCUGCAGACUUCAACCACCCCUGAGUUCUGGUCCAGCGAGAUGAACAAGAUGAAGAACUUCAAGAGGCGUUUCUCACUUUCUGUGCCACGAACGGAGACGAUAGCCGAGAACGAGUUCACGGAGCAGAUAAACCAACUCAACAUCUGCUGCAAUGAUGGUGUGAUGCCAAACAACCUGGGACUUCACAGCCUGCAGCCUAGUCCAGUGGCACCAGAAAACCCGGACCAGUCUCCCACCCAACUUCUCUACCGGAACAAACUUCAGCAUCGCCGCUUCUCCAUGGAGGAUGUGACUAAGAGGAUGUCUCUGCCCAUGGAUAUUCGUCUCCCACCAGAAUUUCUGAAGAAGUUACAGAUGGAAAGUCCUCAACCCUGCAAACCUCUGAGCCGCAUGUCCAGGAGAGCAUCGCUGUCGGACAUCGGCUUUGGAAAACUGGAGACCUACGUGAAGCUUGGCAAACUCGGAGAGGGCACAUACGCCACGGUAUUCAAAGGUCGCAGCAAGCUCACGGAAAACCUGGUGGCCCUGAAAGAAAUCCGUCUGGAGCACGACGAGGGAGCCCCGUGCACGGCCAUUCGGGAAGUGUCCCUCCUCAAGGACUUGAAACACGCCAACAUCGUAACGCUUCAUGACAUCAUCCACACAAACAGAUGCCUCACUCUGGUAUUUGAGUAUUUGGACAGUGACUUGAAACAGUACCUCGACAACUGUGGAAACCUAAUGAGCAUGAACAAUGUGAAGAUCUUUAUGUUCCAGCUUCUUCGUGGCUUAUCAUACUGUCAUAAGAGGAAGAUUCUCCAUCGGGACCUGAAGCCUCAGAAUUUGCUUAUUAAUGACAAGGGAGAGUUAAAACUAGCAGACUUUGGUUUGGCCAGAGCGAAAUCGGUCCCUACAAAAACCUACUCGAACGAGGUUGUGACCUUGUGGUAUCGACCUCCUGAUGUUCUGCUGGGUUCGACAGAGUACUCCACACCGCUGGACAUGUGGGGCGUGGGCUGUAUCCUGUAUGAAAUGGCGACAGGACGUCCCAUGUUUCCCGGAUCAACGGUCAAGGAGGAACUUCACCUGAUAUUUCGACUCAUGGGCACCCCAACAGAAGAGACCUGGCCUGGUAUAACAAGCACUGAAGAAUACAAAUCGUAUCUGUUUCCUCAGUAUCGAGCACAAGCGCUCAUUAAUCAUGUGCCCAGACUUGACACAGAAGGCAUAGACCUUCUAACAGCUCUACUGCUGUAUGACACCAAAUGUAGGAUAUCGGCCGAGUCAUCUUUGACACAUUCUUACUUUUUGAGUCUGGGCGAGGUCAUCCACGCCAUUCCAGACACCUCAUCAGUGUUUUCCCUCAGAGAGAUCCAGUUACAGAAGGAUCCGGGACACAGGAGCUCAGUAUUCCAGCCUCCAGGUCGAGGGAAGAACCGCAGACAAAGCAUAUUCUGAGGAAAGAAUGGAAGCGUCAAGAAACCACCAGAACAAAUUCAGCCACACACAUGCACGCAUUCAUACACACUUUAAAAACAGUACAUGCUUCAGUCUGAGCCUUAGAAAACAGACAUCAGUGGUAGAUUUCAGAAAACAUCUCUGAUUUAAAUGACCAUGUAAGCAAGUUUCUUUAAACACUGUUAAUCUCAACUGCAGUCUUUAAAACGGUUUUAUUCUCGAAUCUCAAUGUUAGGCAGAUAGGCACUGCAAUUUAUCUAUCAGGGAGACUGGAGCUCGGUCUCUUCUCCCUCUGGAUCUAUCUUAGUAUUUUCACGUAUUCAGAUCUCUAGAAUUAGUCUUAAGCGCACGCAUGUGUGUGUGUGUGUGUGUGGAAUAAACCACUUAUUUGUGUUUUACUUUUCCCAUUACUUGAGUGAAGCUUUCUUUUUCAUUUUUGACAUGUUUUGCCACUUGUGUUUAGAUCAUCGCGCAAGGUCACGUUGUCUAUUUAACAAAUAUUUAUUGAAUAUUAUUGUGUAAAUCAUCCAUCAUUAGUAUUUGAACCAUUGAGUAGAAAACCCUCUUACGAAGUACUUGAAUUCAUAUUACCAUUCCUUGGGAUGUUAAAGAUGUUGUAAGCGAUAAAACUUGGCAUCGGAUUCACCGGCCACUAAACCAGACAACUUCAAUUCCUUCAACCGCAUGUCUUCGCUCCAAACCUCCCAAAAACUUGAACUACGGUUUGACAUAAAGGUUUAUAAUUGGCUUAAGAGGAAGUGGUUUUUAACUUAAAGGACUUUAGGAAUCACUUACAGCAUCUCUAAAAAUAAAGUUGCUAUUAUGAGAUCAGCAAAGGUGCCUUGUGAUGACCUCAAGAGAUGAUGGGUCCAUAUUACGCCUUUAAAAACCAUCUACUUCAAUUUUACGAAGGAUCUCGUUCCUUCUGAGUAAUUGCACAUAAUCUGAUGUUCUUCACACUUUAAGCCAAUUGCUACUUUGUAUUUGCACAUGGUUGCAAGUGUCCUCUUGAAUUAAGUCCAAAUGUUGUUCACCGUCUCCUGUAGUUGAAUAUGAAAGCACUAUGACUCUUUAUUGUGAAUGAGACUGAGCACACGUUACUUUUGCAGAAAGAAAAGCUAGAUAUUUUCAAGGCCACAAAAGAACAGAAGUAUAGAUCAGAGUCGAUUCUAUUAUAUAUUAUGACUUGCAGAGAUUUAGAUUUAACAUCACUGCAACAGUGGCACUUAUUUAUGUGUUUUGUGGUAAAUACAAAUAUUUUAAAUACUCUAUUGAAAAGAAUUAAUAUAUAAAUCUAUGUAUUUUGACAAGUGUUUUCUUUAUUCUCUGUGAAUUUUUGCCAUGAACGAGACCUUGGUGAGCUUAGAUGACAUCUAAAUGUUUUAUAAAAGAUUUAGAUUUCUGUAUGAAAUGUGAUAUUAAAUAUUUUGUGUGGUUUGUCUAUUCUAUUUUGAUAUUCUGAUGCUGAAUGUAUUGUGACUGCGAAAACGCCAAAAGUAAUUCAAUAAUCAACUAAAUAAAUAUGA